AUCAGAGCAGUAGGCUUGAUUGUCAGGAGGACAAAGCAAUUUCAUCCGUUACUUGUGCCAGUGACUUCAGUGACCCUGUGUAUAAAGAAAUUGCUAUAGCCAACGGGGCUGUCAAUAGGAUGACUAAGCAUGAACUUAAGUGCAAGCUUACAGAAUAUAAGCUUGAUACAAGAGGCGUAAAAGAUGUUCUGAAGAAACGCUUGAAGAAUUACUACAAAAAGCAGAAACUAACAUACACAAAAGACUCUGGAAGCAGUGAUCAAUAUUACGAUUACAUCUGUGUUAUAGACUUUGAAGCGACCUGUGAGGAGGACAACUCACCAGACUAUAUUCAUGAGAUUAUAGAAUUCCCAAUCAUCUUGCUAAAUACAAAAACUCUGGAAAUUGAGGAUACAUUUCAAUGUUAUGUGAAGCCAGAAGUUAAGACGGAACUUUCUAAUUUCUGCAUCAGCCUAACAGGAAUCACCCAGGAAACUAUUGACCAUGCAGACACUUUUCCCAAUGUCCUUCGAAGUGCCGUGGACUGGAUGAAAAAAAAGCAACUUGGGACAAAAUACAAAUAUGCCAUAUUAACUGACGGGUCUUGGGAUAUGAGCAAGUUUCUGAACAUGCAAUGUCGUGUUAGCCGCAUUAAAUUUCCAUGUUUUGCAAAAAAGUGGAUCAACGUACGUAAAUCUUAUGGAAACUUUUAUAAGGUGCCAAGGAAUCAGACAAAACUGACUUUAAUGCUGGAAAAAUUAGGUAUGAAGUAUGACGGGCGUCUGCAUAGUGGCCUGGACGACUCUAAGAACAUUGCCCGGAUUGCUGCUCGUAUGCUUCAAGAUGGCUGCGAACUUCGUGUCAAUGAAAGGAUUCAUGCAGGACAGCUUAUGAGUGUUUGCAGCUCUUUGACAUUUGAAGGGGCCCCCAUGCCUCAAAAUCCAAGCUUCAGAAAAUAAUUUUUUUAUUUUGGAAUAGAUACGAUUUUUUUUUUGAUUUUUUUUAAAGCACCUUUAAAAUUCUGGUUUUAAAUACCUAAUCAUAACUAGUGAGGUAAAUAGCAACACUUUGUAUGCUGUAUGAUUUUAAACGUUUUCCUUAUUAGCUCUGAUGUUUCAAUUUGGAAACAAAAUGCAUAAACUUUUUAUUAGUAUUUUUGUUGUUUCUUAUGUGAACAAAUUAUAAAGUUAUUAAAAUAUUUACAUUUUUAAGAUCA